UUUGCAUCGCUUACCACCCUAACCACCUCAACUAAUACACAUCCUUUCUUCCAUACAAAAUGCAUUAGUUGCGAUUAGUUCCAUCCUUUCUCUUUAAAUCAUAUGCUUUCCAUUUUAAGCAAUAAAAGAAAAAAGAAAUUAAACCAUACUGCUGCCAGUUAUGAGUUUCAGUUUCUCCAACUCAUUAUUGCUUCAUAUCAUUCCUCAUCCAAGGUGGCCUCUCCUAUUCUACGCCGCCGCCUGGACCACCAUUCUAACGGUGACCGUCGCCGUCGCCUCGUUCUCGCCCGAGUUGGCUUUUGUUUCCGCCAUCAGCCCCAACUCUUCUUCAUCUCAGGCGUGCCGUGAAGGAGGCUUCCUUAGGUUGCCGCUAGAUAUUCCGUCGGAGGAUUUUUGCCUUCCGGCUCGUUUUUUCAAGCGAUCCAGUAUAGAUAUGCUUGUGCCGCCGGUUUUUGCAGCAGUAAUCGUAGCCUGUUCGGCUUGCGUGGUUAAAGCUAUGGGCUUAUGGGAGGCUGAAGACGAGCACUUCUGAUACAACUGUUGAUGAGUAAUAGUCGAUAAUCCUUAUAU